AUGGUUUUUGUUGAUAAAGAAUUGUUCAAAGUGUACGGUGCUAAUGGUGACUACCGUACAACCCGACCUCUGUACAAAAUUGGCUUCUUUCCAACAACUUUUGUUGCCAAAGCUGAUGAGUUCCCAAGUGAUGUCCUCGAAAAGUAUUUUGCGGACUACGAUGAUAUUUUUGGUGGAAAACUUGAUAACAGCUGUUUGGUUGAUGUUAUUGACCAAAUAGUUAACUUCGGGUCUCUAGAAAACAAAACGAUAAAAGGAAAAGAUAACAUAUGGCUCUUGAUUGAGUUGCGUGACCAAAAUAAUGUGAAGAUGAUGUUUACUCUGUAG